ACCAGGCCUCACCCUCCGGCCAAUCAGCUGCCAGCGCACGAGCAGCGGCAGCUGUCGGAACCCGGAACUGUGCGGCACAGACUGUUGUGUCUCCGGUCCCGGCCGUAGGAGACCAGAGGAGGCGCCGCGGAGAUGGGCUUCGAGUGGCCCUGGCAGUACAACUUCCCCCCCUUCUACACGUUACAGCCUAAUGUUGACACCAGACAGAAGCAGCUGUCAGCGUGGAGCUCCUUAGUUCUAUCUUACUGCCGCCACAACAAAAUUUACACAAUAAAUGUAAUGGAAAUACAAGAAAGCCCCUUGUUCAACAAUAAGAAAAUACAAAGAAAGCUAUCCUUGGAGUCUGUGCAGGUAAUCUUAGAAGAACUGAGGAAAAAAGGCAAUCUGGAAUGGUUGGAUAAAAAUAAAACCAGAUUCCUAAUAAUGUGGAGGAGGCCAGAUGAGUGGGGGAAAGUCAUUUACCAAUGGGUUUCAAAGAAUGGAAUGACCAAUUCUGUAUUCACACUUUAUGAGCUGAUUAGUGGUGAUGACACAGAAGGAGAAGAAUUCCAUGGGCUGGAUGAAGGCAUGCUACAAAGGUCUUUGGAAGCGCUACAGCUGGAACACAAAGCGGAGAUCAUUACGCUAAAUGACAGCAAGGGUGUGAAAUUCUUUUAAUGAACAUUAUCCCAGUCCUGUCCGAUUGCUGGAUGGAAAUAGAACUUAUUUUAUAGCCAGAGAGAAAUAUGGUCUUCUCUCGUUUUUUUGGACGCUUGUGUACAUUCUAGGGUGGAAGUAUAUUCUUGAGAUGAUGGUGCACACUGGAUGUAUCCACUGAGAGAUUAGGUUCUAUUUUUCCUCUCUGUUGUUUGGGUGUAUGUAUAGCAGUGAUCUGGUGAGACUUUCAUCUUUAUACGCCUGAAAAUAAAUAUAAAGGUUGAUGUUAAAUGGCUACUGAGUGUUUGAUGAAAUGAAAAUUGAAGGUGUUGCAAAAAUCUGCCAACAUAUCAACAUCCUAUUUUUUUGUUUCACUUCUAGUUGGCUAUUGCCCUCACAUUUUGUAGUUAUUUCACCUUAAUUUCUUACGUGCAGAAGCAUUUGGUAUGUGGGCAAUAUAACGUAACCGCUAAAUAUGUAUAUAUGCAAUAAACAUGCUCUGUCCA